AUGAUUGACUAUAUUACAGAAUCAGUUUUUAAAACAGUCAUUGUAUUAUUUGCUUGCAUCACAAUCGCUGCUGCUCGUGCUCCAGCAUCACCAUUAGCAAGAGCUGGUGCCGCACAUGCUGCGGCAGCUGGUGAUGAUUCUGGAAUUUUAUCAAAAUCAUUCGAUUUAAAUGAAGACGGUUCAUAUGCUUGGGAAUUUGAAACUGCGAAUGGUAUCAGUCAAUCAGAAAAUGGUGCCGGUGGACAAUAUGCUAAAGGUGCUGCUGAAUGGACUAGCCCUGAAGGUGAACAUAUUAUUUUGCAAUACACUGCUGACGAAAAUGGUUAUCAACCAUCUGGAUCACAUGUACCACAAGUUCCCGAAUAUAUUACACGUGCAUUAGAAUGGAUUAGAACUCAUCCAAAUCCUGAAUAUCAAAAUUAA